AUGGCUCAAAAAAGAAAAUUAACAACAUUAUCACUGGCAGAAAAAGUGAACUUGCUUAAAAUUAUUGAAAAAGGCGAAAAAAAAACAAGACAUAGCCAAAGAUUUUGGAAUUCCGGCGAAAAAAAAAUGAAACUAGGAGAAUACUCUGACAUAGAAUCAUGUUUAUUAAAAUGGUUUCAACAAUGUCUUGACAAAAAAAUUCCAAUUAAUGGACCUAUUCUACGAGAAAAAGCUGAAGAGUUUGGACAUAAGUUAGGGCAUGAACAUUUUAAAGCUAGCAGUGGAUGGUUAACAAAUUGGAAAAUCAGAAAUAGCGUUGUAUUUAAACAAGUUUGUGGUGAAAGUGGCGCUGUAGAUGUACAAAAAUGUUCCGUAUGGAUAAAUAAUUUACCGAAACUCAUCGAAAAUUAUUCACCAGACGAUAUUUUUAAUGUAGAUGAAACAGGAUUAUUUUUCAAAUGUUUACCUGACAAAACAUUCAUAUUUAAAGGCCAAUCUUGUUCAGGUGGAAAACAUAGUAAAGAAAGAGUAACACUUCUGUUAGGGGCAAAUAUGUCGGGCACAGAAAAAUUAAGACCACUUCUGAUUGGUAAGUCGAAAAAACCACGAUGUUUUAAACAAAUAAAAUCAUUACCAUUAGAUUAUUAUGCGAACAAAAAAUCCUGGAUGACGUCUGAAAUUUUUAAUUUGUGGUUAAUUAAAUUAGAUAAAAAAAUGGUCUCCGAAAAAAGAAAAAUCUUACUUUUUAUUGAUAAUUGUACUGCACACAAUUUAACCUCGACUUUUAAUGCUAUUAAAGUGCAGUUUUUACCUCCUAAUACUACGUCUGUAUUACAACCAUUAGACCAAGGCAUAAUAUAUAAUUUUAAAAUAUUUUACAGAAAAGAAAUGGUAAAAAAAAUUGUAUCGGCUAUAAAUGAUACCAAUCAAAUUGUAAUAAACAUAUUGGAUGCUAUACGGCUAUGCGAUAAAGCAUGGCGACACGUAAAAAAAGAAACGAUCGUAAACUGUUUUACAAAAUCAGGUUUUAGAACUUCGACUGAAAAUAUUCCAGAUGAACCUUCUGAUGAUAAUAACGAUGAAUGGGAUCAAUUAAAUAUUAAUGAAACUUUUACGUCAUACGUCAAUGUCGAUGAAAAUUUGGAGAUUUGUGGAGAAUGGACUGAGAACGAUAUUAUCUCCGAUAUAUUGGACAAAGAUAACGAAGAAGAAAUUGAAGACCAACAAAUACAAUCCACCAUUACAAAUAAAGAAGCGAAACUUGCAUUAGAAACAUUACGUAAAUAUAUUGAAGGCAAUGAAGGUAUGGAAGAUUUAUUUAAACCACUAGGAAUGUAA